CUCUCAACUGUGGCUGCGUCAUCCCAAGCCACACCCGCACAUUUCCCCCAUCUGAUUGGCCCACUUGUUCUCUCCUCCAGCACCAAAAACGUCACAAUGUCAACCUCUAUCUAACCUCACCUCUCACAACCUCCACCGCCCAAAAUGCGCUUCACCUUCGAAACCAGCGCUAUUCUCGCGCUCUUCCCUCUGGCUCUCGCCGACUCUUUAACCCUCUAUCUCCCCUCCAAUCCCAACCCCUUCAGCAUCCCCGCCAACACGCACGCCACGCUCUCCUCCGCAGGUGUCCACUUCUCCGCGCCGCUGUCCUCCGCCAACACUUUUGUCUUUCACAACGUCACGCCUGGCUCGUACCUUGCUGAUGUUCACUGUCCGACUGACGCGUUUCAUCCGCUGAGGAUUGAUGUUCAGCUUGCGGAGGAUGGGGAGGAGGGAAUUGUCAGGGCGUGGGAGACGUAUCGGGGCAAUGACUGGGGGAAUAAGGGGGAGGUUGUGCAGGUGAAGGAGGGGAGUAAGGGACGAGGUUUUGAGUUGCGGGCUAUUGGGGGAAAGAAUUACUUUAUGGAGAGGCCGCAGUUCUCGGUCUUUGCUAUCCUCAAGAACCCCAUGAUCCUUAUGGCUCUCGUCAGUCUGGUUCUCAUGGUGGGCAUGCCGAAGCUCAUGGACAGCAUGGACCCUGAGAUGCGCGCCGAGUUCGAGGCCCAGCGAAAGAACAGCCCCCUGAGCGCUGCCAUGACCGGUCAGUCAUCUGGUGACAACCCUCUUACCAACUUCGACAUGGCUGCGUAUCUCGCCGGUUCCAAGCCCAAGGAGAGCACCCCAGCCAACAAUGGUGGUAACGGCAACACUAAGAACCAGGGCGUGAGACGGUAAAUCUCGCACAGUUAUUGGGUAUAUAAUGACUACAAAAGUUGGAUGGAUACACAGCCCUGUGGGCAUAGGCGGACGAUAGAGAAGUAGAUUAUGAGAUAUGGCAUUGUAUGCAUUUAGCAAUGAUCAUUAUUCCGUUGAACCUCCCCUCAUCAGUUCGUUGUAGAGGUAUAAAACUUAGUUAGCUACUAGUCACGGCGUAGUUACGCACAGCCUAUUGUCAUCAUAUCCUCGUUCCAUACCCAAUUCCUGCCCUGCCCAAAAAAUCUCAAAGCAAAACCAAUUUCGAGCGCAAGUCGGAAAUAUCACACUGAAACUCCUCUUCAGCAAAUCCAUGCAGAACGUAUGACGCUCCUUAGUCACCGCCAUCAU